AUGGUUGUUCUGGCAUGGCAGCUCUAUGAAGAAGGGAAACUUUUAGAGGCAGUGGAUCCAGAACUGGAGGAGUAUCCUCCUGAAGUCAUUAUCAAGUACAUGAAAGUUGCGUUUUUCUGCACACAAGCAACUGCAAGUCGGAGGCCAAUGAUGAGCCAAGUUGUUGACAUGCUUUCAAGAAACGUAAAGCUCAAUGAGAAGCAACUCACACCCCCCGGCUUCUUCCAGGAUUCAGGUGGCACUAGUGGGGAACCAUCGGAUAAAAAGUCAAAUGAAAGCUCUACAACCUAUCAGAUGAGCUCUGUCCCUGUCAGUAUCACUCAGUUGACCCCUAGAUGA